GCAGCAUCGCGGCGCAUGCGCAAUAGCACAAAUAUAUUAGUCGAAACGAAUAUAUCACGACAUCGUAGCAAACAAAAAACUUCCUUUAACACCAAAAGGACUUUCCAGUUUCUCUGUGUAAAGUCCCUGGAAAUCACUUUGGUCAACACUGCAAGGAAUAGGAAUAUGAAAAGAAAACUAAAAGCAAAGGAAUCUUUUAUUCCCUAUUCAAGAAUAUACAAAGCAGUUGAAAAUGGUAAUGCGUGGCUGCUACGUACAUUGGUGGAAAGGUAUGAAGUAAAGUCUUUGCCAGACAACUAUUUGUGUGCUGCUAUCAAAGCAACAAACGUUGAUUGUGUCAAAACUUUGAUAAACUUGGGAGCGAAUCCUAAUGCUAAAGAUGAGACCGGGCGUCCCGUGUUACUAAAAACUGUACAGAUGCGCCGAGGAAAAGAACCUGAGAUUUAUGAAAUUUCAAAAUGCUUAGUGGAGGCCAAAGCUAAUGUGAAUGCUGUAUUUAAUGGAGAGACAGCACUCGCAUAUAGUGCAUGUUUUUAUGGUGAGAAAGUUAUUGACCUGUUUCUUGAAUAUAAUGCAGACCCUCAUCUAGGUGUUACUCCAGCAACUACACGAGCUGUUCAGUUCGGAAAUUUAGAUGCAAUUAAUAGUUUUACUCCUUUUACCAAAACUACUAUUGAGCUUCAAGUAAAGAAGAAACGUCAUUCUCCCAUCUACUGUUUAUUAGAUUCCACCCGCAUUGAAUGUUUGGUUGCUUUGUUGAAUGCAGGGUAUCCCGUUGAUGGUUCUUUGCCGGGAAGUGGCUGUCCACCCCCCCAUAAUAUAUGGAAUGUGAUUAAUUAUCCUUCUGAUGAUUUCCAUUGUUAUUAUAGUGCUAACUUUGUUGAAUUAGUUACAACUCUUCUUGAAAAUAAGCUCAGUGUAGCUACCUUUACAAAACCAGCUCUCCGCAAAUUGUUGAGGGGAACAGAAACUGGUUCAAUUACUCUUCUGUUGCAGGAAGGUAUUACAGAAGCUCUGUUUGAAAAAUUACCCACAGAACGUGAGGUGUAUAAAACAAUUGGGUUUGACGUUGAAAACCCCAGACUGCCAACGCCGCGAACAUUAACCAUUUUUAAUCAACACAAAACCAUGCUUUAUUAUUUUAUAAAAUCAAUUCCAAAUAUGGGUGUUACAUUUGAUGUAGAAUAUGACAUUUUAAUCAAAAACUAUCCACGUCCAACACUACAGUGUGUGGUACCUACAUUGAAAGCUUUAUCAAGGUGGGCAAUACGUAAAUCGUUCCAUAAAGUUAAAGCCCCUUUUAAUAAAAUUGUUUCUCUGCCACUUCCCCAACCUCUUGUCGAAUAUCUUUAUAAAAAGUGAUUUUUUUUGUAAUAUUCCUCGUUCUCACAAGUUUUAAUUUAACAAUCAUAGCAUUACUUGCAAUAGUUGCAAUUACAAUGUAUCUUAUAUUUCUUUUAACCAGUGGCGCAGACAAAAAAUAUCCAAGUUGUUUUCUGUUGGGUGUAGAAGCCACACUUAAACUAUAGUUAAGAAAUGUAUUUAACAUUGAUUGUUUUUUUUACUUUUUUCUUAAUGUUAAGAAUAUAUGUUUCUUCCAGAAUUGUUCUAUGUCUGUUUUACUGUGUUAGAGGUAUUCUAAUUAAAUAAUAAUGAAAAGAAGUUACAACAACAACAACAAACUUUUGAUACCAUACUCAAGGAUUUCUAAAGCAGCAGAAUGUACACAACAAUUGCCGACUUUAUUGCAACGAUAUGAAGUUAAAUCUGUGCUGACAAGUGUUUAUCAAUUAGACAAGUACAAUUUUAAAAAGGUCAGGCGGAUUUUGUUGAACUGUUAAUUAAACAUGCGGCAAAUGCCAAAACCAAAAGCGAUUACCCAGCUUUGCAAUGCAAAUGGGAAGUAUUAAUAAAACACCGGAGGAUAUUAAAUCAAGUAUUGCAAAAACUUUACUAGAUGCUAAAGCUUUAGUGAAUGAAGUGCAUAAUGGUGAAACUGCCCUUUCAUACGCAGCAUCCUAUGAUGAAGGGAAAGUGAUAAAACUUCAAAGUGGACAAUACGUAAAGCAUUUCAUAAAGUUAAACAACUUAUUUACUUACUGCUUCCUUCUUCACUGUUAGAAUACCUACAGUGAUUUUAAUGAAUUCUUUUCCCCCACUGUACUAAAAUAUUUUUACUUACAAAUGAUGAGAUAAAGUAUAAUAUUAGCAAUGCGUUUUUCUUUUAAUAAAUCAAUUCUUAUUUUGGCUUUAAAA